AUGGACCAGAAGACAGUUUCCCCAGCAAAUGGAGCUACAACUCCUUGCUUGGAUACAGUUUCUAGAGUCAGCAAAACUUGUAUGAGAACCCAAAUCAAGCAGAUAUGUACUCCACUACAUGUGGAAGAUUCCAACGACUCUACAGUACUCUGGAGAGUAUUGUGUAACCAGGGCAACCAGUGGUCACAGGCCACUAUUCAGCUUGGACGCCUUACUCAGCCCUUCCAUUUGUCACUAGAUAAAGUCAGUCUUGGCAUUUAUGACGGAGUCUCAGCUAUUGAUGACAUCAGAUUUGAAAAUUGUACCCUUUCUCUUCCUGCAGAGAGCUGUGAAGAGCCGGACUUUUUCUGCUGUCGACGCAGCAAGGCUUGCAUAGAAAAACUUCUGUUAUGUGAUUUGGUAGAUGAUUGUGGUGAUCAUACUGAUGAGGUUGACUGUGCCAAUCAAGGCAAAGACAGGAAGCAUUGUUCCAGAGUUGACGACCGUGAUGAGUGGUUGAUUAAUCAGUACCUGAGUUCCAAUGUAACUUUGAAAAUGGAAUCUGUAACUGGGAACAAGAUACAGAAGACGACGUUGAUUGGACCAGGAAGCACGGUCCAACUUCAACACUUAAUACAGGGCCAAUGAAGGCUCAUACCUUGGGCACAGCUAAAGGACACUAUCUCUACAUAGAAUCUUCGGAGCCACAGGUUUUCCAAAACAGAGCUACUUUCCUCAGCCCUGUCCUCAAUGCCACCGAUGCAGGGGGCUGCACCUUCCGCUUAUAUUACCACAUGUUUGG